UUGGAUGUUUUUGGGUUUUCAGGUUGGGCUUUUGCUGAUUCAGUUCUGCACCGGCUGGCACCUCUCUGGAUUGGGGCAAGAGGGCUUGAAUUUACAUGGGAGUACAUAUUUCAAGGACUUGAAGCAAAUGCUAAUCUUGUGAUGACCCUCUCCCUCGCUGCGUUAGGGUCCUUGAUGUGGCUUAGGAAGAACAAACCUAGGACUUUGGUUCCAAUAAUUUACGCAUGUGCGCUGCUCUUGGCAACUAUGCCAUCUAUCACCAGUUACUUGAGGAGAUCAUUGUUGUGGCAAACUCCAAAGGUGGUCGGCUUCGAGCUGUUCUCCUCACUUGUUAUGGCUUUCAUCAGCUGGCAGCUGUUCUCGGCUUGUCAGAGACCGAUGUAACGUAAGAACCAAAGCGCAGGCAAUGUUACCCAUAAAUUUGACGCCCCAGAAGAUGCUUCUUGUUGUACUCCAGAAGAACUAGGAUGCUCCUUUGAGCCCUUCCGGCUUCCACUACGACAACUUUUCUUGGUGGCCGAUUAUAGAACAUUUUACUUAGAAUCAUCUGUUGUGAGCUGUAGAGCGGAAAUACAUGCCUCUAAUGAGUGAUUCUGUAACAGAUUCUGGGCGUUAAGCUGAAACUUUUUUCUUAUCCUGCUGUGCAUUUCAAAUUUUCUGUUUAGUCACAUCAUUUAGCAAAUAGAUUAUAGAAUUCAGUUACAUUGUCAGAGUGCCAGAAUAAAAAACAAUUGUUGCAUCUCUUCCUCCUCCUACGAAAUAGUACAUGAUUU